AUGUCUGGCGUUUUCGCGAUUGAUCGCAGCAAGACGGUGCGGUCCAAGGACUACCGAGGGUCCAGCUCCUUCGCGACCUUUCUCAUCGUCGGACCCGUCUGCUUCUUCCUAGGCAUCAUCUUCGCCCAGUUCCCCUACGACUACCCCCUCCUCUGGACCUCCGCCCCCGUGGCGCCGACCUUCUUCGACCAGCUCGAGACGCACCUCAAGUUCAUGCACCAGUCCCCGCCGCUGAUCGCGCGCCUCCUGCACAUCAUGGUGGCCGUCGGCUUCCUGGGCUUCUUCAUCAAGCUGUUCCGGCCCUCGGAGAGCAACAUGCUCUUCGACGGCGCCUCGCUCGUCAUGUACCUGAUCGGCGUGGGCGUCUACGUCGCCAACAUCGUCAAGGGCCUGCGCGCCGUCUCGAGCGACAUCUGGGCCGAGGGCCGCUUUGAGGAGCUGCACGAGGGGCCCCUGACGGGCGAGAUCGUCCUCGGCCGCGAGGACAGCCUCAAGGUCAUGGCCGCCAGCAAUACCAUCCUGGCCCUGGUGCUGGUCGGCGUCCUGGUCCUGCAGGGCGGCCAGUGGUAUGCCGACCGGAAGGAGCUGGAUGAUUAUGAGCUCAUCGAGCAGCAGGAGGAGCAGGCCAAGAGCUCGACCAAGAAGAAGCAGUAG